UAUUUGUCGUCGAACUCCAACAAAUAUGAGGAUGGGAAGAUAAUGGCCCACACUGAACAGGAUGACUGAACAUCUGCAAUUAUCAAUUAGUGCCCUUUUGUGAUGCAUUUUGACAAGACAAAAUUUCAACAAGAGAGUCUGGACAUCAGAGAACAAAAGGAUCGGAUGUGGUUUUUGGACAUGUCCAACCAUUUCUCAGACCAUCAUGAUUUAUUAAAGAAGGAUACUUAUUGAGUCAAAUUCAACAUUUUACUGAAAUCACUGCAUCAAACAUGUCCAUGGAGGAAUCAGUGGAGACUUCAGCUGGGUAUGUGCGCGCACAGAUGCCGUAGCUCUACAUGAGCCGUGAUAGAUUGAGUACUUUUAUGGAAAUUGCUUGGAAAUUUCAGUGCAGCUGAAAGACAUACGGGCAGCAAUAAUACCACACCGCACACACAGAGAGAAGACAGCGCCGGCGAUCUGUGUUUCUCUGCAAUAAGUGGCUGAUAAAAAGCAAUAAAUUCUCCAAGAUAAAUACAGUCAUCCGGUGGUGCGCCAUGGGCGACGAGGCGUCAAACUUCAGGAGAAGCAGGACCGGUGUCUCAUCAGUAAAACCCAGGACUGGUGAGGAUCACGACAGAGCAGACAUUCUUGGCUGAAUUAAAACUUAAAACAAUGAGAUUAUUGAUUUUUGGAUGACUUGUCUGAUACCCACUGUGACUGUUUUUCAUGUUAUUCAGAAAACAAGAUUCAGAUCUGGGCUGUGUAGGACUUGGUCACUUUGAUUUUUACGCUCAAAAUCAAGUGGCAGAAAGGGACAUGAAACGUUUUGUUUUUCGUUUGGAAUAAACAAAUACAGCCAUAUUAUUUAAUCAAUAAGUUAAAAAGGGAUCUUUAUUUUUUUUUGCACUAUGAUGGAACCACCACCAUGUUCGAAGAAGAGCCUGUCCCUGUCACUCCCGGUUCCCCGGGAAGGACAGGCGACUCUAAAGCCUCCGCAGCAUCUUUGGAGGCAACCCCGGACCCCGAUCAAAAUCAAACACCGGGGCUACUCCGACACCGACCGGCAUCAUCACCGGCACAUGGAGCGCUCCGACGCCGUGGAUACGAGCGACCGACCAGGACUGAAAAAGUCUCGAAUGUCCUGGCCAUCUUCCUUCCAUGGGACCACAAACACAUCCAUUGGAAAUUGUGUCGGGAAUAAACGCUUCGACUCAGAAAAUGGUCCGUCGCCAGGCCGCAGUCCCAUGGAUUCGCAGGCGAGUCCUGGGUUGGUGCUCCAUCCCUCCUUCCCCCAGAGCCAGCGCAGGGAAUCGUUCCUGUACCGCUCGGACUCCGACUACGACACAUCCCCUAAAACCAUGUCACGUAACUCCUCCAUCAACAGUGAGGGGCAUGCUGAAGACAUGAUUGUCACCCCUUUCGCUCAGGUGUUGGCCAGCCUACGAACUGUAAGAAGCAACUUCACCAUCCUCGCCAAUGUCACAACACCCACUAACAAGAGGUCACCAGUGACAAGCCAACCCACUGUUCCCCAAGCUACACUCUCUGAGGAGACCUACCAGCAGAUGGCUCGGGAGACUCUGGAGGAGCUGGACUGGUGUCUGGACCAGCUGGAGACCAUUCAGACCCACCGCUCAGUCAGCGAGAUGGCCUCCAACAAGUUCAAAAGGAUGCUGAACAGGGAGCUGUCCCAUUUGUCCGAGAUGAGUCGCUCAGGGAACCAGGUGUCAGAAUACAUCUCCACUACCUUUCUAGAUAAACAGAACGAGGUGGAGAUCCCAUCCCCGACCUUGAGGGAAAGAGAGAAGCCCAUGUGUCACAUCAGUGGUGUGAAGAAGCUCACACACAGUUCCAGCCUUUCCAACUCCACCCUGCCUCGCUUCGGCGUAAAGACUGAACACGAGGAUGCGUUAGCCAGGGAGCUGAACGACUUGAACAAGUGGGGCCUUAAUAUCUUUCGUGUGGCAGAGUUCUCUAAUAAUCGACCCCUGAGCUGCAUAAUGUUUGCCAUCUUCCAGGAAAGAGAUCUACUGAAGACGUUUCGGAUCCCAGUGGAUACAUUUGUUACCUAUGUGAUGACACUAGAGGACCACUACCAUGCCAAUGUGGCCUACCACAACAGCCUCCACGCUGCUGAUGUCACUCAGUCUACUCAUGUCCUGUUGUCAACACCAGCUCUAGAUGCUGUGUUCACUGAUCUAGAGAUACUAGCUGCGUUAUUUGCCGCUGCCAUCCAUGAUGUGGACCAUCCUGGAGUGUCAAACCAAUUCCUCAUCAAUACAAACUCUGAGCUAGCCUUGAUGUAUAAUGAUGAGUCUGUGUUGGAGAAUCACCACCUGGCUGUGGGUUUCAAGCUGCUUCAUGAGGACAACUGUGACAUUUUCCAGAACCUUAGCAAGAGGCAGAGACAGAGCCUGCGGAAACUUGUUAUAGAUAUGGUUUUGGCAACAGAUAUGUCUAAACACAUGAGUUUGUUGGCAGACCUCAAGACUAUGGUAGAAACUAAAAAGGUGACAAGUUCUGGAGUGUUGCUGCUGGACCACUACACUGACCGCAUACAGGUGUUGAGGAACAUGGUGCACUGUGCUGACCUGAGUAAUCCCACCAAGCCUCUGGCUGUGUAUCGACAAUGGACGGAGAGAAUCAUGGAAGAGUUCUUCAGGCAGGGAGACAAAGAGAGAGAACGAGGGAUGGAGAUCAGUCCCAUGUGCGACAAACACACGGCAUCUGUUGAAAAGAGCCAGGUGGGCUUUAUCGACUACAUUGUGCACCCGCUGUGGGAAACAUGGGGAGACCUGGUGCAUCCUGAUGCCCAGGAUAUCCUUGACACUCUGGAGGAUAACAGGGACUGGUACCAGAGCACGAUUCCACAAAGCCCUUCACCACCUCCUGUAGGCCAGGACAAGGAGCUGAACGCCUGCAUGGACAAGUUUCAGUUUGAACUCACCCUCGAAGAAAGCUCUGAGAGAGAACAAGGAGAAGAAGGUGAUAAGUCUACCCCAAACCACGUGGCACAGGACUGCAGUCAGGGGGAGGAGGAUGACGAGGAGGGUAAAAAAGAGGAAGAGGAAGACAUAAUGGCAGAGGAGGAAAAUGAGGACAUAAUAGAAGAGGAAGAUGAGGUGGCAAUGGAGGAAGAGGAGCAAGAGGAGGAGCAAGAGGAGGAGCUGAAAUCUCAUUUGGAGGUGAGACCUGAUAAGGAGAGACUUUCUGACACAAGUCCUGUAGAGGAAGAGGAGGAUUCUUCUUCACAAGCUGACGAUACAUGAGUUCUGCUCCUGUAUCUCCCUUCUCACUUGCACACAUUCUCUUGUUCAUCCUUUCAAUGGCCAAACCAAGAACAAAUAAGACUGCUAUGACAAUACAGACCUUUAAAUAUAUUUUUCAAAAAGGGAAUAAAUUAAAAUCGCUUAAGAGAAGUUAAUUACACAGCAACUGUAGAUUUGGAGUGAUGACAAGUCCUUGGACUGAUUUCACAACAGACUUAAAAGGAAUUUAAGACAGCAUUAGUGAUGGGCAACCGAAGACAGCGUAGCACUCUAGGACAGGAAUGCACACACAUAAACACACAUGAAGUGACGCACAUUCAAGGCAAGAGUAGUAGUAAGUCAUGAAGAAUUCACCAAUGCAAUGUGUGUACAAGCAUGCGUUAGUCAUGCAGUCUAAUUGCUGUCCUAGACACAGGUACAGAUACACACAUGAAACACACAGAAACACUUGACCGUAUGUUUGUAUGUGUGCAUUUAUAUGAGGGACAUUGAUCAGUGAUCUUUUUGGAAAAAGCCAUCUCUUAAUGGAGUAUUUACUAGUGUUCAGUCAGUAUUAGUAAUUCAUGUUCGUAAGAAUUUCAACAAAACUGUUCUCCUCUGAAAUGUCCGAGUGACUUUUUUUCCAUUUCUGUCGGAAAGAAAACAUGAAAAUCAACAGAGUUGCGGGAGGACAGAGAAAGAAACCGAAGGAAAGGAAGAUGCUGCGAUGAAGGGGCCACUGGGUCCCAUUUACCCCUUUUCCCUUUACAAGGAGUGCUACUGGUGCAAGAUGGCUCUGUGCCUUUCUGAAACACCAGCUUCCUGAAUGGAGCUGUCGUGAAGCAAUGCAUUGUGGGACAGGAGUGUCUGAAUUUGUUAUCAUUUUCGAUUGUCUCUUGUUAACGAUCUCUCUUUACUGUUCAUGGUAUUGUGGUGUGUAUCUCACACGUACAGUUUCUGUGGUGAUAUGUUUUAAGCUGUAAGUCUUCCUUUGUUGCUCUUCUGGUAAUAUAAUAACUCAGAACUCUAGAUGCAGAGCAAUCACAGCCACCACCACAACCAUCAGUGGACUCUUUCCAGCUUAUGGUUUUUUCUUAUUAGAAUGAUUUUUUUUUUUUUUUUUAACUUUCUGAGAAUAAGCCAUGUGAUGCUUUGAAGCAUAAGUUUUGCCUAUAUUUUCUAUUUAACAGUUGCUAAAUAUGUUCAAAGGGUACAGAAUUAUUUCAUCAGCAGAACAAAUCUUCACUUGCCAUCUCACACCCACUUGCACUGUGUGUUAAUGUCUUCUCAUAAACAACAAUUCUCACCAAAGUAAUGAAUGAGAGACUUUAAUGGGUGAAGUAAUUUGAAGGAACACAGGUGAAUUAGAAAAUCAGGGAGGCAGAAUGUCAGGGGAAAGAAGUGCGACUUGGCCAAAAGGAGAUCUGGCAGUCCCUAAUCAUCCUUGUUAUGUUUGAUGCUUUUUUGCCUUAAUGUCAGAUGCAGGAUACAUUCCUGCCAGUAUGUAGAUUUAUAAGAAAUAUAAUAGAUAACCUAGUAUAUUUAUAUCAUGUCUGUACGCUUAUUUCUGUGAGUAUCAGUGUGUCUGUAUUCAGCAUUUGCAGAGGGAGGGGAGAGGGAAACGUUGCCGUCAUCUAGAUAUGUUGUUGCUGUGCUUUGAUCAACAUAAAGAAUGUCAUGUUUUUGGAAAUGACGAUUUUAUAGCUGCCUGAGGGAAAUAAGCAAUGGAAGUUAAAAAUCUGCAGGUGAUGGGAAUGACUUACGAUGCCUUUUUGAAUGUGAUUAGAUACUGAUUUGCAAACAAAACAGAUUCUAUGUUGCGUAUUGGGUUGGUUUGUGUGGCUACGAGUAAGCGAGAAAAGGAAAACAGAAGGCAGGAUGCUAAAGAAGUUGCCAUUUGUGUCAUUUUUCACUCACUGGCAUCACCACAUCUUGUUGAAUGGUGUUCAGGAUUCGAUUAGCACAGCUUAAAUAGGUCACAGUUUGUUUAGAUGUUUGUUUUUAACAGGGUACAAAAAAAAAGAUCAUGAGUGUGGUUCUUUUGAAGGUAAGAGCAAGUUUCUGCAGGUCAGUAACUGAGCUUAUCUGAAGACACCACAGCUCGGUGCAACAGAAGCCUGUGUGUUUGACCUGCUCUGUCGCAGGAUGGAGCAGCGCUGCAGGGCCACCACACAGGCUUUGACUCUGGUGGAAUGGGAAUCCAGGAUCACUAUUGCAGUUACUUAAAUAAAAGGUUCCCAUAUGCAUUGGCCUUUUACUUUAAAGAUGUUGCUUUGUUUUUGUGGCUUCUUGUUCUUUCACAAGCUA